AUGUUGAGCCUCCACUCCGCCUUCAAAAGCUCGGGUUCCCUCGUUGGUUUCUGCAACCGUUCAGCCCUGAAUCAAUCUCAGCUUACCGCGCCACUUCCUCCGACCGAUCGUCCCUUGAGCAGCCGGGCCACCAGCUUCACGAACGAACUCUACGUGCCACCUGACCAGGCUACACGUGCGGUCUUGCCGCUCGCUGCCUUUGGUGUGACAAUGUCAGAUCGUGGUCGACCGUCCUGGUUACAAUUCUACAAGUGCGGGACAUUGAAAGAUGACUACCACCGAUACGUUGAUUUCGCGCUGCAGGACGGCCAAGCAGUCAAAGGCUCAUCCCUCGAUAGUGCUAUUGCAAGAUUUGGCACCGACUGUCAGUGUAUGUCGAAGAAUUUUGCUCUGAAUAAGUCUAGGGGCAAGUUGGGUGACUUUGAGCCUUAUGCGUCGCGAGGAAGCGAUGGAGAACGAUCGUUCUGGAGGUCACUCAAAUUCUGGGGCCGCAAGCCCGACCCAUUGCCGACAGGAACGGAGCCUGGAACGUAUUAUGAGACAUCGGACGGCCGGCGCCUUAAUGUGCUUGGGCUUCUCAAGAAUACAUGCUGGCGAGGUAUCAACUUGGAUGAGGACAUCCCUGGGCAAUUGAUAAAGUGCCCAGACAACUUCAUCAGAGAUGCGCCAUAUAACGAGUUCCUGGUGAUUGAUGGUUUGCGUGCGGACGUUGUAUUUGGUCUGUCGACGACUCAAUUUAUACUGGGGUUCAAGAAAGCCAAAAAGAAAAAUGUGAAGGAUCAAAGGGAGAUUGAGAAAGACACAAAGAGAGAGAAGAGAGAGGCAGAGAAGAAAGCGGCGAAAGAGGCUGCAACUCCAAAACAGAACAGGGUGAACCGGUCAACAUGGGCUUCACCACUCCCGUCUCAUCAUCUCUAG